AUGUUGGGUAUGUUGAAGAUUAACAACGAUUUUCUGGAUAGUAUCAGAGAAGCUCAGAAGUUAGAUGUGAAAUUGGUAAAUUCGAUGGUUGGAAUCGAUCAGUCCGAGAAUAAUGAUUUCAGGUUAGAUGCGCAAGGCAUGCUGAGAUUCCACAAUCGAAUUUGUAUUCCUGAUGAUCCAGAGAUUAAGAGAAUGAUUCUUGAGGAAAGUCAUAGAAGCAAUUUGAGUAUUUAUCCAGGAGCGACAAAAAUGUAUCAAGAUUUAAAGAAUUUGUCUAGGUGGCCUGGGAUGAAGCGUGAUGUAGUGCAGUUUGUGUAUGCAUGUUUAACUUGUCAGAAAUCGAAGGUUAUACAUCAGAAGCGUGUAGGGUUAAUGAAACCGUUAGAAGUUCCAGAAUGGAAAUGGGAUAGCAUUUCAAUGGACUUUGAGAUAGGAUUACCUAAUACUUCAAGAGGACAUGAUACAAUUUGGGUGAUUGUUGAUAGGCUCACAAAGUCGGCUCAUUUUAUUCCUAUUAACAUCAGUUUUCGAGUAUCAAAGUUGGCAGAGAUUUAUACUAGUGCGAUUUUUAAGCUGCAUGAUGUUCCUUUGUCGUUGUAUGGUCGAAGAUGUAGAACUACUUUAUGUUGGCAUGAAUCUGGAGAAAGUGUAGUACUUGGACCGGAGAUUGUUCGAGAGACUACUGAGAAGGUGAAGUUAAUUCGAGAAAAGAUGAAAACUUCUCAAAGUAGACAAAAGAGCUAUUAUGACAAGCGAAGGAAAUAUUUAGAAUUUCAAGCAGGUGACCAUAUGUUUUUGAGAGUCACACCUGUGAUCGUUGUUGGGAGAGCAUUGGAGUUUAAGAAGCUCACUCCUCGUUUUAUUGCUCCGUCUCAUGUGAUUCAUAUGGAUGAUUUACAAGUACGAGAUAAUCUUACGGUGGAGACGAUGCCUGUACGGAUCGCGGAUCAUGAAAUGAAGACUCUAAGAGGCAAGGAUGUUGCGUUGGUGAAAGUAGUCUGGUCAGGAGCUGCCGGAGAAAGCAUGACGUGGGAGUAUGAAAGUGGUGUUGCUCUUUAUCGAAUUGCUUUUAUUUAUGGGCAAAGUUGUAGGCUUAUGGCCAAUGUUGGUUUGUUGUUGUGUUGCUAUGGAAAUUUUGUUGUUGCUAUUCUUACAUUCAUUAUGUGUCGCAUACAUAGCAUAUCAAGUUGGGAGCCGAUUCUUGGUAAGUUGGAUUGA